AUGCGCGAAAGUGGAUCCAGGGAUAUGGAGUUCUUCUGGCUAGGACGUAUCCCGUGUAGGACCGUCCGCCUCGUUGGCCUAGUUGUCGGGGUACAAGUGUGGGAAAAGCGCACGGUGUACACGAUUGACGACGGGACGGCAGUGAUCGACUGCGCCCAUGCACAUGCGCAGAUCGUUCCUCCUAGUCCCGUUAAACCCCGAGCGAAGGAGGUGGCGCCAAGUGGGCACAGAAGCAAAGCUACCGGUCCAUCCUUCGGUGACUAUUUGCCGCCACCAAGGGCUACGACGUCAGUGUCAGCCGCCGCCGCCAGGCGCACUGUACUGGAACCACCUCCGCCUCCCAAGCCCGUCGCCCGCGUCGGCCAGUCCGUCCGAGUCGUCGGACGUGUAGUUAGCAGAUAUGACUCUCGAAUGCUUCUCGUCGAUGACAUCUCUCGAUGCACUUCCUUCAACGAUGAGCCUGCCCAUUGGCUAGCUGUAUCGGAACUGCACCGCACAACCUAUCAUCCGAAGGAGAAAUUACCACUUUUCGUCCCACCGCCGAUACCGAGCGCUUCAACCUACACUUCGCAGUUCUACGCAGCAAACCAGCCGGGAUCUCCAUCCAAGCACGGGACCCAGCAUUACACCCAGGAGCCUGGGACACCGGCAUCUGUCCGCUCCAUUGCGUCAACCAACACCUCUCCUAGCACUGUCGCGUCGACAUCGUCGCCGGCUUCUGGGGCUGGUGAUAAACCCCCGUCUCCGAUCCGUUUACGACACCCUGCGCGCCUACAUACGCGCGAUGUAACAGUACACACUCUGCGCAUAUACAUCAAGCACUACAUGGACAACGCACCACCGCCCACACGCCGCCGAAGGCGUAGCCUAGACUCUCGCUCCGUCUCACCCUCGCCUUCCCCUCAGUCCUCGCAAGCACGUCAACGAGAUGCCCUCGAGACGCCUACGAAGGCCAGUCGGGGGCGGUCUGCGCGCGAGACAGACGCGACUCCACGUCCCUCUCGACUUCGCCCUUUCAAUGCAGACAAAUCAUCACCUUCAUCCUUGGCCUCUGACAACGAUACCGACACAGAAGAUGAGUUCGAUGGCCCUGAGGAAGACGACGACCAAGUCUACGGCUACACGCUCUCCCACCUCCGUCGCGUGCCCGAGCUCGCCCUCCUCGCGCGGCGCGUCAUACACGCCGACGCGCACCGCCGCGCCAAGGAAGGGCGCAAGAAGGUGAAGGUCGACGCCGAACGCAGCCAAAGUCGCAGCAAGUCCAAGUCGAGCUCGACCCACGCCUCUACAUCUACGUCCGCCUCCACGUCUACCGCGUCGAAGAAAGAAGUAGACCUCGCAGACCCGAAGGCUGCAGCGGCCGCCACGAAGCGCCUCUUCCGCCAGGCGAUCCGCACCCUCUUCCAAGACGGCAGCAUCGUCCUCUGGGACGGGCCCAUCCGCCCGCUACCCAUGCCCGCCCUCGACCCGCUCAUCCCCUCCUCCUUCUCCUCCGCGCUCUGGAAGGCGAACACCAGCACCGCCUCCUCUACCUCCGCAUCGAUGUCCGCGUCUACAACCACCUCAUCGUCAAGAACGUCGCGCAGCUUCCCGGCGUACGACGAGUGGGACGAGGACGCGCCGCUCAGCGACCCCGAGCCCAGCGAGGAAGCCUACGUCCCGCUCACGCCCGUCUACUUCGCGCGCGUCCUCGAGCGCGCCAUCGCCAGCCUCGUCGCCGAGGCCUCCGCCGCCCCAGCCCCAGCGCCAUCCGGAGACGCGACGCCCAAGCCCAGGCAAGCCCCGUCGCUCAUCGAGCGCCUCCGCGCGCAAGAGGCGGGCGCCGAAGGAGGAACGCAGGCUGCGGUGGGGCCGACGGCGGCGGAGCUGCUCGCGUGGCUGCGGAACAGCGACGAGCGGUGGGCGCGCGUCGGGCUGUGGUCGGUCGAGGAGGCGCUCGAGUGGGGCAGACGGGAGGGGCGGCUGUGGUGUGUGGGGAAGGGCCGCUGGGAGGUGUGUGGGUAGCGGCGGGCGUGCGCGUGCGCUGGGCGUGGCGCUUGCAGGUUGCCGCUUGCAGGUUGUGGGCGCGCGGGGGUCACGGUGGUUCUGGGGGUGGACAGGGGUGGGCGCGGUGGACGUGCCGGCGCGCACGCUGCUAUCGCCGAAGCGAAGCAGGAUUGCCGACGUAAGGGGUGUCUGCAAAUCGUCUGCUUCAUCUAGCUCUUUCAUAUAUCACGACUCUGUUAUGUACGUCUGAGAACAGUUUAUGCAUGGCACAAC